UUAAAGCCAUAGCCCUAAGUUUGUUCUUGGGUGUGAUGCUAGCGGCCGGGAAAGCGGCGUUAGGGCUAUGCAGCCGAUCGAUCAUGGCGUCCUCGAAAAAUCCGGAAGAGGAUCCGGAGGAGAGGCCGAUCCAAUCGAUGCUCUAGGCCGAGCGAUGACCAAGAUCUUGAGGCACGAAGCUGCGACUUUUAAUCUGGAUCUCCGGAGCGAUGGCUACUGCAAGGUGGACGAGCUCUUAAAGAUUGGAAUGAAAACUAGAGCUGGGAUACCACUCAGCUCUCACUCCGUGGAGGAAGUUCUCCAGGCCGUGAAGCAGGAUAACAAGCAGCGCUUCUCGACGACCCGGGAGGAUGGGACGCUCUACAUCCGCGCAAACCAGGGGCACUCGAUCAAAGAGGUUCUUUCCGACCACCUCCUGCGAGAGAUCUCGUCCACGGACAAGAUUCCAGUUUGUAUCCACGGAACUUACAAGCACGCUCUUCCCAGCAUCUUGGAGAGUGGUCUCAAAGUCAUGGGACGAAACCACGUCCACUUCGCCACGGGCCUGCCUGACGAGAAUGGAGUCAUCAGCGGAAUGAGAAGCUCUUGCCAAGUUCUGAUUUACCUCGACACUGAAAAGGCUAUGGCGGACGGGAUGAAGUUCUACGUCUCGGACAACAAUGUGGUUCUCACCGAAGGAUUCGAGGGGUGUGUCCCGUGCGAGUACUUUGAGAAGGUUGUCGAGUGGCCGAGCAAGAGGGUGAUUGUUGGUCCUCUAGACCGAGCUUCGCCUGCUAAAGAUGCUCGUCAACUGUGAGAAUAGAGCUCUCAGUCCAGUGACCGGUCGAAGCCACUCGAACAAGCCACAGUCGAUUACACCAGCUUCUCUUUUGCUUCCAUAGUCGAGCAGGAUGUUCCACAGAUCUCCCACUGUCCAGGAUUCUCGUGACAUCCAUUCCACAAUCUGUAUCAUAGUGAGAAACUUGAAAAAAAGAAUAGCUUGUUUACCUCU